CAUGCCUCAUGGACCUGGAUCUUCUGGGCCGGUUAGACUGUGAUCGUCGAGCCAUCGUCCAGGCUACUAGACGGCAACAAGUACUGAUGCAGACUAGUGUUGUCCAGAGCGCGAUGAGUGGCUGAUGGUGCCGUUUAUGCGGCCAUAAUCUAUUACAAAGAUCAAAUAGGCAGAAGCUCAAAACCUCCUAGUUUUCGUUAAUAAUUUGUUCAACUGCACCCAUGUCGACGGCCACAAAGCAGACACUUGCUAUCGGUGGCAUCACAGUGCAUGUUUACUCACAACCGAACGCGACAGAUCCUGCCACACCUGUCACCGUCCUGUUUCUCCUACAUGGCAGGAAGCGCACGGUUAAAGACUGCGAGUGGAUCGCAGAGUCUACUUUGAAGUGGACCCAGGAACAGCGCAAAGCCAGCAGAAAUCAAGCCCAGGAUCUGCUUAUCGUGACUUUUGGUCUGCGCAAUCACGGCUCACGGGUUGUGGACAGGCAUGCAAAUAACGGCUGGAAGAAAGAAGCAUCCGAGAACAAUGCGCGCUACGCAGUGGACAUGUAUGCGAUAAUCGCUGGGACGUCGAGAGACAUUUCCUUCCUGAUUGACUUUCUACCGUCGUACUUGUAUCCGUCCGGAGACCGUACCAUCGCGCAAUGGCUCGUGGGGGGCCUCAGCCUCGGAGGCCAUACUACAUGGUAUACUUUACGAAAUGAGCCAAGGGUGGUAAUCGGCAUUGUGAUCGCCGGCUGCCCGGCUUACCUCAAGAUGAUGGCCGAACGAGCGAAGGAGAUGGGCAUCCCAUUCACACCACCACACAUACCAAAAUCGCUACUUCACUUCAUCCAGGCGCACGACGCAGCCGCAGCGCCAUACAUGUCCUCCGGCAGCUCCAAUCCGUUCCUCGGCAAGAAGGUGCUCGCCUUGGCGGGCACAGCUGACAAGUCAGUUCCCUGGGCAGCAUCGCGAGGGUUUGUGGAGAAUCUGAACGUGGGAGAAGGUGGUGUGAAACAAGUUUUUAUUCAGCCCGGAGUGGGCCAUGAGUGUACCGGGGAGAUGGUGAAGGUUAUGUCCAAGUUCAUUUGGGAACAGGCGCUGGCUGUUUGACAAACUAGAACAAGGGCCUGGCUACCUUAGCGAUUGCGUUGAAUCUCCCAUACGAGACCGUCAUAUCGAAAGAAAACGG